GAGAAAAGAAGCACAAAUGCGCCACUAAGAACUUAGUCCGUCGUAUUUUCACUUCAAUUUCAUAAGAAAAACAAACUUUUUCGUUCCACUAUUUGUGUUCUCAUUGUAUACAUGUUUAUUUCAUAUUUUUUCUGGACUUUUUCCAAAUAUCGGUUCACAUUGUAACGAAAACCAGUGAAUUAAAAUCAUUUUUUUUUUGCUUGUGAUAUUUUAUCAAAUAAUACAGAAAGACCGGAUUUUGACAGUGUUUACUAAGCAAGAUAAAAAAAGACUUUAACAAAAGAUUGACAUUUAUUCAAGAAAAAAAUACAAAUUCAGAAUCUGCGCUAAAAAAAACCCACAAAAUUUGAUGCGUUUCCAUUGUUGUCUUCAAUAAUAUCAAUAAAAGUAUAUAACCACUGAACCGCAGUAAAAAUGAAUUGAGUGCAUACGAUAGAAUAAUCAUUUAAAGUAGAAGACAGUGACUCGUGUGUGUAUAUUUGUUGUUUUGAAUAAAAGUGAUAAGUGCGAAUAUGUCGGUCAAAGCAAGAGAUGACAAACCGUCGACAUCAUCAUCAAUUGUGGUGGGAUGUUGUCAAUCAAGUUCAACAACACCAGAGAAUUCAAUCGUUGAUUACAUUGAAGAAGACCUAGAGGCACCAAACAAUAAUACCCUGUUCCAUGCAGCGAAUAUUAUUGAAAAUGGUGAAAAGAUACCCGUUGGCAUUAUUUCAAAGAAAAAGGCAUCCAUUGAUUUCACAUUUCCGAAAAGGCCAAAGGUUGAUAUCGAAUUUCAAGAUGUGCGAUACACGGUUAAAACAUUUUCAUUUAAACAACGUGAAUUUGAGAAAAAAGAAAUUUUGCAUGGCGUAAGUGGAAGUUUUCGUUCGGGUCAAUUGGUUGCAAUAAUGGGGCCAAGUGGAGCUGGAAAAUCAACACUAUUGAAUAUUCUCGCCGGAUAUGUCGAAACGGGUGUCAGUGGGAAAAUCACAGUAAAUGGCAAAAAUCGGUCGAGCAAUUCAGAGAAUUUUCGAAAUGCAUCGGCAUAUAUUCAUCAAGAUGAUGCCCUUCGUCCAUAUCUUACGGUGCGAGAAGCAAUGAUCGUUGCAGCACACUUAAAAUUAGGAUUUAGUGUUACCAAAGAGUACAAAUUACAACUUAUUCACAGCAUAUUGGAAUUGCUUGGGCUGGAAACGCGAUUCAACACGGAAUGCGGUCGUCUAUCGGGCGGACAAAAGAAACGAAUGAGCAUUGCUCUGGAGUUAAUUUCGAAUCCAUCGAAUGUUUUUCUAGACGAACCAACAACUGGGCUAGAUAGUUCGUCGUGCACAAGCUGUAUAUCGCUUUUGAAACGAUUAGCCCAAGAAGGUCGUACAAUCGUGUGCACAAUACACCAGCCAUCAGCAUUGGUCUUCGAAAUGUUUGAUAAACUGUAUGCAGUUUCACAAGGCAAUUGCAUUUAUCAAGGUCCCAUCAAAGAACUGGUUCCAUUUAUGAGCGACCACGGUUUAGAAUGUCCGAGCUAUCACAAUCCAGCUGAUUUUCUUAUUGAAAUCGCAGUUGGCGAAUACGACGUCGAUAUGAGCAAAAUGAUGGCAGGGGCUGUGAAAAAGUUCAACGAAGAGCGUGAUACAUAUUAUUUAGGCACAUUUAGUAGAGAUAAUUACAUCCUAGCCGAUGCAGGCGAAAAUUUUGAUAAUGGAAAGGUGGCUGUAUAUAAAUUUGGCACUGUUGAUAACAACAAUGAGGAUAUUAAUGUCAAACGAUACAGAAUAUCCCGCGGAUCCAAAGAUGAUGGCAGAAAAUUCAGAAUAAAAAAUCCAAAUGAACGAGCAUCAAUUUUUAUGCAAUUUUUAAUUCUCUUUGAGCGAAAUUUCAAAGCGAGCAUUCGAAAUGCAUUCUUGAUAUACGCCCGUUUAAUCACACACAUAUGCAUUGCUCCAAUGUUUGGAUACUUAUACCAUAAUGUUGGCUAUGAUGCCACACACACAUUCGGUAAUUACGUCUAUCUCUAUGGAUCCAUCUUGCUUAUUGUUUACACUGGGAAAAUGUCGGUCGUUUUAUCUUUUCCGUUGGAAAUGGAAACAUUAAGGCGAGAGCAUUUCAACCGGUGGUACAAUCUCAUACCGUACUAUUUUUCAAUAAUUCUAUUUGAAAUUCCUUUCCAGUUGUUGUGUACGUUCUUUUAUGUUUGUGGCAGUUACUUUUUAACUGGAAAUUAUCUGGAAAACUACCGAUUCGCAUUGUUCACCACGAUGUGUCUGUUGGCAACAAUCUCAGCGCAAGCAUGGGGUUUCUUUAUCGGCUCAACAAUGUCGAUUAAAAUUGCCGUUUUCAUCGGACCAAUUUUGGCAGUACUGUUUUCCGUAUUCGGGUUUUGUACGCGUUACGUGGAUAUCAAUCGAAUGUUCCAGUGGAUGUGGCAUAUAAGCUAUUUCCGUGCUGGUUUUCACGGAGUUUUAGAUACUGUUUACGGUAUGAAUCGAACUGAUCUAUGGUGUCCACCCCAAACUGAGUUCAACUACUGUCAUUUCCGUAAGCCUGACGUUUUUCUGCGCGAAGUGAGCAUCAGCGGAUUUGAAACUUACAAAAAUAUCUAUUUGAUGACUGGUGUCAUUAUUACAAUGCACAUAUUAACAAUUCUCACACUGUGGUUCAAAUUGAAUAAGCGAUAAACAAAAAAUCAUUAGUAUCAUAAUAGAUUGUCCAUAACGCAACGCAUCACAUAAAUCAAUUCCAUUGCACAUUGUUUAGUUAACGUAGUGAUUCCGAUUUGAAUUCAAACAAAACAUAAUUAUGCACAUUGAUGCAUGUCACAACAUAUUUUUAUGUAAAAUAUUUCAUGGUGAUAGAAAUUUAAUUUGUAAAAUUAAUUGUAAUUUUGAAAGCAAAUUUUUAGUGAUAAAAUUACUUGCAGCCUUUUGUGGAUAUAUCCACUAUAGUGAAAAAAGAUCUGAAAUCAUUUAAGAAAAAAAAUGUUUUGAAGAUAAAUGGAACGAAUGAUGCAAUUAAUUCGUAGUAGAUUCGUUCUUUUGUACCGCACAUUUCAUCCCUUAUAUGUAUUUUUCUAUUUAACGUAUAAAAUAAGUAAUAAAAGUGGUUGGAGAAGCAUUUUCAUAUACAGUACAAAUAUAAUUGGUUUUUUUGUCAUAAUGUUAUUGGCACUGCCAGUAAGUACUCGUACGAUUUUUACUACCCGGAUUAGAAGAACGCACGCUUCGUGUACACUCGGCACAUCUUCGCUGCUUAGGCGAAUAUCAGCAGUAGAAUUCACUGCGAUAUGGUCAAAAAACAUCAAGCAGCCAUAUAUGGCUUUACAUAUAUGUAAAUGAUCAUUUACGAUUCAUUCUCUUUUGUGCGAACUUUCUUUGACUGUGUAUGGCUGUGAGCAAACACAUACAUUAGAUGCACGACAGUUCGCAGUGAACUCAACGGCUGAUAUUCCGUAAAGCAGCGAUGAUGUGCCGAGUAUACACGAUGCGUGAAUUGUUCUAAUACGCGUUACUGAAGUCGUAUUGGCUUUAAACGAGUAGUACUUACAUUUUUUUUGGAGGUUUUAUCAUCUCAUGGAUCACAAACAAGUUUCAACUUUGAAUCAAAAGUAAGUGUUUAGUCUGCGAAUACUUCGAAUUGCGCAGUUUCAAAAGUAAAAAAAAUCCAGACUUACCUCAAUGAAACACCCAGUCGUUCGUUAAUUCUAGUAGUGUUCAGUUGAUUUUUCGAGAUCAAAAAAAAGAUAUGUCAGGAAUUUUAUGUCAGUUCAUCUGUUGUGUGUUUUUUAUUCAUCUUUUUUUUGUCGGUGUUUUAUCUACAUCGUUUAAAAAGAAUGAGCCGCAAAAGGCGCAGCAUUCUCCAUGUUUGGUUUUUGUUUCUCAUACAUUUUUUUCAUU